AGUUAGAGGGAGAGAGAGAGAGAGUUAGAGGGAGGGAGAGAGAGAGAGAGAGAUUUAGAGGGAGGGGGAGAGAGAGAGUCAGUCCACGAACAGCUCAACUUUUGAAUGUGAGCGAGCCGAGCUGAGUCGAGCCGGGUCAGCGUGUAGCUCCGGACCGGGCGCCCUGUGUUUGCUCCCCCGCUUUGUGCACCUCCUGCUCGGCGUAGCUCUCCCCAGCGGCUCGCUGUUUCAACCCGGUUCGGCAGCUCAUGUGUUUUCAGCUCAGAAGGCGGCGGUGAAACCUGCGUGUGUCCCGCUGUCCCGCUGUCCUAACCCGGCCUUGACUGUGUGAUAGAGUGAGUGACUGCAUGGACCGGACUGAACAUGAAGAGCCUUAAAGCCAAGUUUAGGAAAACCGAUGUCAAUGAGUGGAACAAGAAUGACGAGCGCCUGCUUGCUGCGGUGGAGCACGGCGAGGCGGAGAAGGUCGCGUCACUUCUCGCCAAGAAAGGUGCCAGCGCUGUGAAGCUGGACAAUGAGGGCAGAUCAGCUCUUCAUGCAGCAGCUGCUCGAGGUCAGACGGAGUGUCUCUCUGUCAUCCUGUCUCACGGAGCUGAUCUGUCACUCACUGAUGCUGCAGGUUUGAAUCCAUUACACCUGGCUGCCAAACACAAUCACACCGAGUGCUGUAAAAAGCUCAUUCAGAGUAAAAGUCCAACCGAUGCUGUGGACAGCUCAGGAAAGACGGCGCUGCAUCACGCUGCUGCCAGUGGGAACAUCCAGACCGUCCAACUGCUGUGUGAACUCAAAUGUCCCAUCAACCUGAAAGAUGCAGAUGGAUUCACCUCCUUGCUGUUGGCGGCUAAACAUGCUCCUGCUGAGGUUUGCUGCACUUUGCUGGACUGUGGAGCUGAAAUCAACGUUUCUGACAACAGCGGCAGGACAGCGUUGAUGUUUGCCAGUGAGUCCAACACGGCGUCUGUUGUUGAAGUGUUGGUACACCGAGGAGCAAACCUGUCAGCGGUCGAUUCACAAGGUCAUGAUGUCACACACUACGCCAAACUGUCAGGCAACUCAGAGGUGACGACUGCCCUCAGUGCCGCACUCAGCAGACAGCAGGUCUCAGACGCAAAGUCUCCUAGAAGUCCUCAGCAUGAUCAAGUAGCUAAACUAAGUGAUGAACGGAUCACAACUCCCAAAAAACGAAAAGCACCUCCUCCACCUCCCAUUAGCCCACUGCAGAGCUCAGGACCCUCCUCUCCUUCAAUCGUUACCUCCACUGGGACUGUUGGUUCUGACAAAAGUGACACGCCCAAGAAGUUCAGCUACAAGGAGGAUGAGAUUCGAGGAACGGCGCUGAGAGAGCAGGUUGAGAAGCUCCACGAGGAGAGAAACAUGUUGCUGGACACAAUUGAAGAUCUGAAGCAGACAGUGACGGGUCCUGAGCUGGAUACUAAGGUCGAACACAGUAUUACAGCAUCUGAAGCUCUUGUUUCUGUUCUGCAAGCCAAGAUUACUGCUCUUACUCUGGAGAACCAGACACUUGCAAGUAAACUAAAGAAACAUCCGUCACUCCAAGGAAAUGAGGAUCUGAAUGAGAGCAGUCGUCCUAACAGCAUGGCCUCCAACUCCUCCUUCCACUCCACCCAGGAUGAGUUUGAAUCACCACCACAGGUCCCCUCCACCAGCCCUCCUGUUUAUGUCAGCCAAGAGGAAGAGGAGAGUGAGGGAGGAAGAGGAGGAAGCAAAGAGGAGAUCAGACUGUUGAGACAGGCACUGGAGAGCGUCCAGGUGAAACUGCUCGAAACCAGGAAGGAAAACCGCUCGCUUCACGCUCAGCUGAAGCCCGAGAGAGAGGAAGAACAAGAGGAGGAGGAAAUUGUGACGGAGAAGGGACGGGAGGACGAGUUGAUGGAGAGUCUGGCAGAGCUGCAGGCGAAGCUGACGGACACUCAGGAGAGAUACCACCAAGCUGUGGAGGAGGUGGAGGAGCUGAGAGCUCGCAUGGGAAAAGAAGGAAGGGAGAUGAUGGAGAAAGAAGAAGUGCAGAGACAUUCAUCGUCCACACUCGAGCAGCUGAAGGCCCAGCUGAUCCAAUCAGGAUGUGAGCAGGAGAAGGCGGCUCAGCGAAUCAGAGAGCUGGAAGAAGAGCUGAGAAGGACAGAGGAAGAAAGACGGAGCGGGAAGGAGAAAGUACAAAGGAGUGCAAAGAUUGAGGAGCUGUACAAGGAGGCACAGAAGGAGAUUAGGAUGCUCCAGGAGGCUCUGAGGGGAACGGUCCCUGUUGAAGCCGCAGCCAAAGACUUUGAAGAAAUGAAGGCUGAGAUGAACGAGGUGACAGCCGGGCUGCAGCGUCGCUUGCUGGAACUCUCACACUCCUACAGUGAAACCAAGAGUAAACUGAGUGCCGCUCAGAAGCAGGUGGAGGAGGCCCGAGCUGAGAGCAGCGCUCCAUCGUCUCCCACUGUGGAAGAACAGCAGCAGCACGUCCAGGCGCUCAGCAUCAGGGUGGAGGAGCUGCAGACUCUGUUAGCCGGCGCAGAGAAGAAGCAUGCGGCCGCUCAGGAGGAGAUUUCAGCUCUGAAGCAGGAGGCAGAAGCUCAGGCGCAGAACAGCGUGGCCCUCGCCGAUCACACACAGGUGAUGUCAUCUCUGGGAAAUGCCAUCAAGGAGCUGGAGAGCCAAUCAGAAGCCCUGACUGAGCAGCUGCGCCAGAAGAGCUUGGAGGUGGAGGAGCUUCAGAACAAAAUGACGGCAGAAAAAGAUGUCAGCCCAGAGGGGUCAGUGUCCCGUCUGGACCACGACACCAUGCGAGCUAAGUUGGGGGGCGAGGUGACCCACUUGACCCAGCUCCUCCAGGGGGCGCUCAGGAAGCAGGAUGAGAUGGCUCUGGAGGCUACUGAAGCAUGGCAGAAGGCGCGGGAGAGUCGUGCAGAGUGGGAAGCCCUGCAGGAGCUGGGGAUUUCCAGGGAGAAGGAGAACCAGACGCUGUCGUCACGGCUGGCCGAGGCCCAGGAUGCCGUGUGUCAGCUCAAACAGCUGGUGGAGAACCACGUCGCCUCGGAGAGGGAGAAAAACAAGAGGAUAGAUGAUCUGUCACGGGAGGUGGGGAAGCUAAAAGACGCCUUGAACAGCCUGUCACAGCUCUCCUACAGCGCCGGCUCCCCCUCCAAGAGGCUGCAGCAGAACCAGCAGCAGCUGGAGACAAUGCAGCAACAAAUCAAACAGCUGCAGUACCAGCUCGCUGAGUCGAAGAAGCAGCACAAUGAGAUAGUGUCAGUCUAUAGGAUGCACCUCCUCUACGCUGUCCAGGGUCAGAUGGACGAGGACGUCCAGAAAGCCUUGAAGCAGAUUCUGAUGAUGUGCAAGAUGCCAAGUCCAACCAAGGAGACGUGCUGAGACUCACAGAGCCUCCGCUCGCUCCAGAACAAUGAGACUGAAGUCAAAGUGAGCCGCUGCUCUCAGAUGCGACCGUCACCACAGCCUCCUCCUCACGUCCGAACCCCCACGCUGCUCGUGGCGAAUCACAAACGCGGCCAACGCACGGUGCCUCUGAGUCAACCUUCAGUAUUUCUAAAUGUUUACAGUCAUUCGUUCAUCGCCUUUUUGACCCUUCUGUUUCUUAAAGUCAUUAAUCUCAAGGUGGAAAAUGUUUUUGAGGAAACUCCAGAGCAGCAUACAGAUACCGUACAUCAGCCAACUGACCAUUCAAAUGAAUGGUUACCAGCCAAAUGUAUAUUGUACGUGCAUGUAAACACUACACUGAAAAUGUGCAGCAACCUUAACUCGACAUGCAGAUGCACAAGUGCCACAACGCAAACAUCUGUACACAUGCACUAUUACAGCAGAUGUGCCUGAUGGGGUUUGCUUCUGUUACAACGUUCACUUAGAGGAAAGAAAGGACUCUGCUGACGCUGCCGUUUAUUUAGUAUCUAUUUUAUGAUACAACAGUGUUAGUUUUAAUGUUUCAUGUGUUGUCCACAUGUUACAUCUAAAUUAUUUGUUCCCUGAUAACAAUGCAUGUGACUUUGCUUCUGCCAAAAUCACAGAUGUCGUUUUUUUUCGACGAAAAGCAUGAAACUGUUUGUAUUACUAUUUUCCUAUUAGCACAAAACAUGUAUAAACAUGUAUUUUACUGAAUUGGAUUUGUUUGUCAUGUUUUCUAUGUUACUGUACUGAAAAUGAAGAGGUUUGAUAGCUGUAAUGUAAUGGCCUCGUUUUGUGUCUGUGUGAAUGAGAAGCUUUUUUUUCCUCCGGACUAUUUGAUCUAUUGACACUUCAAUUUGUUUAUUUUCCUGUUAGUAUUCACAUCUAACACAUAAAGAUAUAACUGUUUUCUGUGUCAACAACAAAAAGUUGAUAGUUAGGAGGCAAGUUCUUCUCUCUUCUACUCUGUUUUCUUCCAUCUUGUGUCACAUGCCUGUUCUUACUAAUCACAGUUUUUGUGCAGCUCUAAAGUCCUUAUACAGAAUAUGUCACCAUUAAUAUCAUUAACUCAGUUGUUACAGGGGCUAAUCUCACUGUUUUUCGCCAUUAUAUUACUUCGAAGUCUUUAUGUUUGGGAUUUCCUUGCUGGUACCAAUGUUUUUCCAGUGUCUGAGAAUGACUCAUUUCUUUAUUCAGGGUUUAUGAAUGGUUUUCACAUCACUCCUUUGCCUUAGUACUGUACUUACACCCUGAGCUGCCAACUACACUUCAAACACAACCAAUAACACUGUGUAACUUGACGUGAGAUGAAGCUUGGAUGCUCCGGCCCUCACGUCUCACCCAGGAUAGUUUUUCUUUUUACUGAACAUGAUUCACACCUGACUGAGAUUCUAAGAUUUGUAGAGUAAAGCCCUCUGCAUGUCUUUAUUUCAUCGGUUGUAAGAUGUCAAACAACUUCCUCUCUCUCUCUUUCUCUCAAGGCCUUGACUGAACUGUUUUGUACAAAGAAAGGGAAAAGAAAGAACAAUUCUAACUUUAACAGUUUUGUAGUGAUGUGAAAAAAUUAGUUUUUUGCCGAUUGCUUUUUUGGUCCACAUGAAUAAAUUUCCAAGAUAUUG